UAAACAAACGCACUGAUUUUCCUUGAAACAUAAGCAUAAUUAAUUGCUAUCACAUUAUAUAUACAGUACGUAGUGUAGCUCUUUUGAUAUAAACAAAGCAUUUGUGUUGUGUAGUUUCCCCUUCUUUUAACACUGAUCUUGUAAAAUAAAAAAAAGGAGCAGCCUAACUGAUAAUACUUUCUUGAGGGAUUGCAGAGAUGGAGUGCUAUGGAUCAGGUGGUGAGGGGCGGAGGUGGACAAUCAUGGGGCGUAAAGGACCGCUGCGUCUGGUGUAGCACCGGAGCGACGACAACAACAUCCGUGGAAGAUGGCACUGACAGUAGUGCCAGUGGAAGUAUUGGGCGUUGCUCAUGUCUCAAGGUCACUGAAUCCAACCUCUCACGCAAAAAACGUAACAUAAUGCAAACAGGAAAUACGAUCCAAGUUAGUAUACCGAGAACGAAAAGAUUCAUUGAAAUGCCCAAGCAACCGCAGAGCUUCUCACGCAAAAAGCAUAAGAAAAUGCAAGCAGCAAAUACGAGCCAAGUAUGUCUAUCCAGAUUGAAGACAUUCACUGCACAGCCCAAGCAAGCAUUAACAACUAAGAAAUUGAAGAUCCCAAGAUCAGUCGAAGGUUGAAUCAUUGCCAGAUUUCCAAGCCAAGUCACCGCCAAGCACAAGAAGGCUACUAACUGAUAAACAGAAGCAAAUUUAAAAUAGUACUGAAAAACUGUAGUCCCCACCAUUCCCAGUGCAAAUUUCAUAAUUUUCCAAAUCUCGAAAAUCCACAUGAAAGGAGGCCAUGUACCCCACUUGUUAAAUCGUUCCUUAAUCCUUAAAUAAGCAGUCACUAGGCUUAGACCCUUGACUGAAUACAAUAAACCUACAUGGACAAAGAAGAAAA